CAACACCAACGACCCAACCACCAUUCGAGCGCGCAAAGCGUUCAACAUCUUCCAGAAUGAGGGCGCAUACGCCUCAGCAGGCGACCGAGGCAUCGAGACGGAGAAGCUCAAUCGGGGCCGGUCACCGAGUGAGCAUGGGCAGUAGCAUUCCCAGAGUGCAGUCAAGGAUUGCUCUUGCCCGCGCAGCGAACUCACAACCUUCAUUCGACUUCCUUACAGGCGCAGAAUCAGGCCGACCACCAUCCAGGGACAACUUCCGCAACUCAACAAGAAUUCCUUCAGGCGGCCCCCCAAGAGAAGAGUCGACUUUCGAAUCCGACCAAGACCGGGAGAAGAGACGCCGAGAGAUGGACGAACUGAAGGCUGAGGUCAAGACAUUAAAAUACACCAUCGAUAAUCACAAGCAGGAGGAAGAGCUUGCAGAGCUCCGACACGAGAGUGAACUUAGAGAUGCCCGACGGAAAGCUGAAGAUGAUUUCAACAAGAAGCAGGCGGCCGAAGCGGAGAAGUCUAAAGCUGUGCGACAAUACGAAGCUUUACAGAAGGAAGUCACGGAAUUGAAGGGCGCAGCAGCAAACGAGAAAGCAGCUCUCGAGCGGCGUUUACGGGAGACUGAAGAGAGCAAGCGUCUACUAGAAGAAGAGAUUGAAGAUAUCAAAUCCGAGCGAGAGGAGAGUAUCCGUGGAAUCGAACGCAAGUCCUCAGAACUCGAGACCAGAAAUGCGACAUUACAACGGACAGUGGAGGAACUGCAGCAGGAUUCCGACAGAAGAGAAGCCCUCCUACAAGAUACUCAGCAAAAGCUAGCAGACAAAGAUACCGCAUAUGGUGCAUUAGAAGCCGAGGUACUUCGGCUGAAAGCACAGGGUGGAGAUGCGGAUACUCUUGGAGUCAUCAAGCGAGAGCUUAGUGAACAGGUUUCACACAUCAAGAAGCUCGAGGUCACCAAUCGGGAGCAAGCGGCAGAGAUUAAACACUUAAAGCAAAUCCACAAGAGUGUGGAGGUUGUUGAGGAAGAGAAGAGAUCUCUGCAAAGAAAGCUAGAUGCGAUGGACGGACUUGAGAAUGAACUCGGAGAAGCAAGAAUUCAGCGUCAGAGGCUGGAGGACGAACGCCUAGCUUGGACGGCGUAUCUUCAGAGUGAAGCCGGAUCUGAUGGUCAACUCGAGUUCGAUUCUCCAGAAGCUUUGGCCAGAGCACUCGUUGCAGAGCGCCUCCAGACAGCAACUUUAGUAGAGCGAAUCGGUGGUCUGGAGCCAGAGCUGUCUUCAAAGGAUAGCCUCAUUCAAUCUUUGGAAGCAGAGAAAUCCAAAUUGGCUGCGGAAAUUGAGAAGCUCAAGGCGAGUGGGGGUUCUGGUAGUAGCAAAGCUCAGCUUCGUCUAGAGAGACAACGGGCACUGGCAGUCAAGGAGGCCGAGUACCUACGAGCUCAACUUAAAGCAUUUGACUCUGAGGAUACCAUAUUUUCGGAGAACGUGGAUAAGUCGAAUGUCCAACGUAUCCAAGAGCUUGAGGAUAUGGUCGACCAAUACAGACAAGAAGUCCAGACUCUCCAUGGUGAACUUGCAACUCGAGAAACGCAACCAGCGCCAGCUGCAGAACCAACUGGUACUAAACGUCCUCGAGAUGACUCGGACGACAACGAGCGUAUUGGCCAAUAUGCAAGAAAGAACCGCAAGUUACAGGACGAGCUGACCACCCUCCAAACUUCCAACAAACUCCUGCAAAAAGAGCUGUCUGUGACCAAGGAGCGCCUGACAUCCGCCAGUCAAGCCUCCAAAACCCGAAUCCUCUCACUCCGAUCCAAUCCUACAUCCGAUUGCGCAGCCAUCAAACAAUCCACCCUCGAGGCCCUGCGCAAAGAAAACGCGGACCUUCUCUUGCGACUCGAAGCAAGCGGGCCUCUUACAACCGUCCCGGCCUCCUCUCUCGCCGCAUCCCAACAUGCCAUCACUGCCGCGCAGGAAGCUCUCGCCUCAGAGAAAAAGCGCAAUGACCGGCUCAUGAAAGUUUGGGGCGCCAAGUCCUCCGAGUUCCGCCAACUAGUCAUCUCCCUCCUCGGGUGGGAUGUAGUCUUUAUGAAAGAUGGAAAGAUGCGCGUUACAUCGUUCUUCUACCCCAGCAAAGGCGACGAUGAGAACAGCAUCGUCUUUGACGGCGAGAAAGGCACGAUGAAGAUCAGUGGCGGCCCAGAGAGCGCUUUUGCUGUCAAGAUUGCGGAUCAGAUUAAGUUCUGGGUCAAGGAGAAGGGCAGUAUUCCUUGUUUUCUUGCGGCACUCACAUUGGAGUUUUUUGACGAGGCCAAUAAGGAUGGGACUUUGAGAGUUGAUGUUUGAGUGUACUCACCUGGGCUGGAACAUUCAAGUUCAUUGUAGAUAUUUGCUGCGCUGAUGAAUGUACGUGAUGGGCUUGUACAAUGGAGUUAUAGGUCCAGGGGCCGGCUUCUUACGAGGGAUAUCACUUGCAGAGACAUUGCAAAAGGUGGUGGCAUCAUUGUUGAAGAUUUAAGAACAUGCAAUACGAUAAUUCAUCCUACAAUCCCAG